AUGGGUAUGAGCAGCACACAAGCGCAGACGCAACAGCUGGUUCCUCCAGGUUUUCGAUUCCAUCCGACAGACGAAGAGCUGGUGGACUACUACCUCAGGAAGAAGGUAGCCUCAAGAAGGAUCGACCUCAACGUCAUCAAAGAUGUCGAUCUUUACAAGAUUGAGCCAUGGGAUCUCCAAGAGAAGUGCAGCUUGGGAGGACCUGGCGAGGAGGAGCAGAACGAGUGGUACUUCUUCAGCCACAAAGACAAGAAAUACCCGACAGGCACCCGGACCAACCGGGCCACCGCUGCAGGGUUUUGGAAGGCCACCGGCAGAGACAAGCCCAUCUAUGCCAACAAGCAGCGGCAGCUGGUGGGCAUGAGGAAGACGCUGGUGUACUACAAGGGCAGGGCUCCCAGUGGCCACAAGUCUGACUGGAUCAUGCACGAGUACCGCCUUGAAACCAAUGAGAAUGGCCCUCCCCAGGAGGAAGGAUGGGUAGUAUGUAGGGUGUUCAAAAAGCGACUACCAACAACAAGAAGAGAAUCGGACCAUGAUGCACCAUGCUGGUAUGUCGAUGAAGAUGGAACAUUCAUGCAUGACCUUAACUCUCCCAUGAGUGGAAUGCCACCACACCACAGCAUAGCACAGCUGCAAGAACAACACCUCCAAAUGCUGAACAAUAGCUACAAGAGGGAACUGAAGCUACAAUUCCAGAUGCCAAGCCAUCAUAUUCUCAAUGCCAUUCCUCACGAGCUAGAGACUCCAUCCUUCCAUUCUCUUUUGGUCUCACCAGACCAUCAAACUAAAGCACACCAUGCUCACCAACAUGUUCAGCUCAUGGAGCAUAAUGCAGUCGACCAAGUCACUGAUUGGAGAGUUCUGGACAAGUUUGUUGCAUCUCAACUUAGUCACGGCGAUGCAGCAAAGGGUGUUGUCGAUUAUACUGAUGAAGGAGAUAUCCUGCAGGUAAAUGAGAAGCAAGAGGUGGCUACCGAUUAUGCAUCAACGUCAACAUCCAGCAGCCAAGUUGAUCCAUGGAAGUGA